UCAGAGCGGAAAAGUCGAUGUAGUUGCGGGACAGGUAAAACAGGUACGAGACUGUGCGAAGGUGUGUCUCCUUCCGAUGCACAAAUCUUCCCGAUUUUAUAAAGCGGGCGCCUAUAAUACGCCAGAACCCCCGCGCUGAUCUUUUCCCAGAGAGGACAUCGGGAUGAAGAACGAGGGAGAGUCGACUGAGCGGCCUGACAACACGGCAUUCACACAGCAACGGCUCCCGGCAUGGCAGCCUAUACUCUCUGCUGGCAUCGUCAUUCCUGGCUUUCUAGUCAUUGGUUUGGCUUUCAUAGGCAUCGGAAUUGCCCUCUUUUUGACCUCACAGACCAUCCAAGUGCUGGAGAUGGAUUACACCGGCGUUGAGAAGGAUUCAGCCUGUUUCCGCUGUACAAUCCAGAGUAUCCAGAACUGCUCCUGCGAAAUCACAUUUUCCCUUAGUUCAUUGUUUACGGGCCCUGUCUUCUUUUAUUAUGGUCUGUCUAAUUACUACCAGAACUUCAGAAAAUAUGGCGUGUCAAAGGACUAUUAUCAGCUCACUGGUGAUACGAAAUAUUUCAAGAGUCCUCAAGAUGCUUGCUCUCCAUAUUCGUAUGACUCCAAUAAAACCCCUAUUGUCCCUUGUGGAGCGAUAGCGAGUAGCAUGUUCAAUGACACCUUUGAGCUCUACCAAUUAAUCAAUGAUACGAAGAAGAAAGUACCAUUAGAUGGUAAAGGAAUCUCCUGGUGGACUGAUUACAAUAUAAAGUACAGGAACCCUUCGUUUGUGAAUGGCUCCUUUGCAAGCGCGUUUGAUGGUACAGUGAAGCCCACAAACUGGCCUAAGGCGGCAUAUGAGCUGGACCUCAAAGACCAAAGCAACAAUGGUUUCCUGAACCAGGACUUUCUAGUGUGGAUGAGGAGAGCUGCCCUUCCUCAGUUCAGGAAGCUGUACCGGCGAAUCACAGAGGGUGAUUAUGCCGCUGGGCUCCCCGCUGGAAACUACUCCCUGUCAGUCCAAUACAAUUACCCAGUACUGAGUUUUGAUGGACGUAAGAAGGUGGUCUUCAGCAACGUGUCUUGGAUGGGAGGGAGGAACGACUUCUUGGGCAUUGCUUAUUUAGUAGUUGGCUCCUUGUGUGUGGUCAUGUCAGUAGUUAUGCUAAUUGUCUAUGCCAAAUUCAAAUUCUCAGAUGAUGACGCGUGAUGAUGCAAGGCGGCUGUGCUUAUAAAGACCACAUCGUACGUGUAUCUUAAAAAACAAGAAUGAAAAGUAAUAAGGGGUUCAUUAUGAUGGAGACAAAUGUUGUUUUCAGAAAGAAACAUUCACGUGCUACAAAGUUUUAACUUCAGGUCAUUUAUUUAUUUUAAACCAGAAAUAAUUUGUUUACUAAAAGAACCUUCAUGACAGGAUAUUCCUGAAAAACUAUUAUGCUAAUAUGCUAAGAGUUUGUUCAAAUGUCUCAGAAUCUGAAGAUCAAAAUUAUUAUCAGAGAAUGUUACAGGUUUCAGGGAAUGUUACAGGUUUCUUUUAUACUACUUUGGCUGUCUCAGGUAUAAAAUACAAAGUAGUUGUUACUUACAAUACAGAUAAAACAAAGCUAAUAAUUGGUUUUAAAUUUGCUUAAAACUAGUCAAGAAAUGUUUAACAAAUGUAUGGACGGAGACGGUCUCAGGUGCCAUAUCUACCUGUCAGAUGCAUAGCUUGUUUAAAGCUUUGUAUGUUUAGUUUAAUAUAUUGAGAAUUGAAAUGUAUUGCUGCUCGUUCUGUAAUAAACUUAAAAUUCUGUUUUAUAAAGCA